AUGGUCUCUCCGUCGAGCAAUCACCACCGACGGCGGAGCUCCGUCCUGACGGGCGCUGGAGGCCCGUCACAAAUUCCUUCGACCGACCAAAGGGAUGAGCAUUCCCGAACCCCCGUCGCCGAUGGGCCCAAUUAUAAACGGGAAGACCAGAAGCCUGGAGGUACCGAGGACGCCGAUGCAUCCGACCUUUCCUCCAUUGCAGAGAGCGUCGAGAUGGAUUUCAUCAGCUCCGAUGACGAUCUUCACGACGACGAGGAGACAGGCCUCACAGCGAAGCAACGACGUCAACGACGCCGGAGAAGAAAGCAGCGCCGCCAAUUGGAUGCCCGGAUCGCCGAUGUCAAGUCCUCACGACAGGAUCUAUUUUCGCUGGGAGGUGCGGAUAGCGAUAUUAUCAGGAAGCUCCUGAUUAAUACCGGGUUGAUUCUACUGUGGUACUUCUUUUCGUUGGCGAUAUCAAUUUACAAUAAAUGGAUGUUCGAUGAUGACGAGGUCGUGUUUCCCUUUCCAUUGUUCACCACAAGCUUGCAUAUGCUCGUCCAAUUCACUCUCGCCUCCAUUCUCCUCUACCUGAUUCCUUCGCUACGUCCCCAGCCGGUCGCUUCGUCAUCACCCUCCAGCUCACCCGUCGGACAGCCCGAGGGGGUGGACUCGAAACCACCGCUAUUUACCAAAUUUUUCUACUUCACACGCUUGGUUCCCUGCGGCGCGGCGACCUCGCUUGACAUUGGCCUCGGUAACAGGUCGCUGAAAUAUAUCUCCCUCACCUUUCUCACCAUGUGCAAAUCUUCGGCUCUUGCCUUCGUCCUCCUCUUCGCCUUUCUUUUCCACCUGGAAACUCCAUCCGUCAAGCUGAUCGUCAUUAUCGCCACCAUGACCCUGGGUGUGAUCAUGAUGGUCGCCGGGGAGACCGCCUUCAAUGCGAUCGGGUUCGUCUUGGUCAUCGCUUCAGCCUUCUUCUCAGGGUUCCGAUGGGGCUUGACCCAGAUCCUACUUCUACGCCAUCCGGCGACAGCCAAUCCAUUCUCAACUCUCUUCUUCCUCACCCCCAUUAUGUUUGUAUCGCUGCUCAUCAUUGCUCUGGCGGUAGAGGGCCCGUCCGAGAUCGUAACGGGCUUCGUCACCCUUGCCGAUGCUCGUGGCGGUCUGUCUGGCAUUCUGCUUCUUAUCUUUCCAGGCGUGCUGGCGUUUUGUAUGAUUGCUUCGGAAUUCGCCCUUCUGAAGCGCUCGUCCGUCGUCACCCUGAGCAUCUGUGGCAUUUUUAAGGAAGUGAUCACCAUCAGUGCAGCAGGGGUCGUGUUCCAUGAUAAGCUCACUAUCGUCAAUAUCUCGGGCUUAAUUAUCACGAUUGCGAGCAUUGGCACCUACAAUUACAUGAAGAUCUCCAAAAUGCGCGCCGAGGCACGAAGCAGCUCGUGGGAACGUAGCCCGGAUCUAGAAUCGGAGAUCGAAGGCUUGAUUCCGAUACAGCGGGGAGAAUACCACCAGGUACAUAACCCAGAAACCCGUAUGGUGCAGUCCGAUGAUAAUGUCAACAUUACCCCCGUGGACGACCUGGAAAGCGGCGAUCGGCGGUCGUUCCGGGUUCGGGCCAGCGGUUCGACCAACAUUCAUGGGCUCAGUAUCAACACAACAAAUCUAGCCGCCGGUGAUCGAUCGAUGUCUCCGCGGGUCUCUGGACCGUCGCCUUUGCGCUCUGCUCCUCCCGUUAUUUUCUCUGCAGAAGCUGAGCUUCCUAAAACAGGACGGAGUGCAAGCCCGGGCCGUAACUUACAGUCCUCUCCUGAGAGGGCCGGAUGGGAAAGGCAGUAG